AUGCAGCGAAGCAAGAGCAGCAGGAAGCUGAACUCUUUCAGCAGCUGCUGCAGGCACUGGAGGAAGAAGUACAGGAUCUUGAGCAGCAAGCAGCAGCAGAGCAGCAGCAGCAGCAGCAGCAGCCAGCAGCAGCAGCAGCAGGUAGGUGCAGCAGAUGCAGCAAAGCAAGAGCAGCAGGAAGCUGAACUCUUUCAGCAGCUGCUGCAUGCACUGGAGGAAGAAGUACAGGAUCUUGAGCAGCAAGCAGCAGCAGAGCAGCAGCAGCAGCAGCAGCAGCAGCAGCAGCAGCAGCAGCAGGUGCUGGGGCCUGAAGCAACAGCAAAGACACUGCAGCAGCUGCGUAAGGGGAGGCUGCUGCAGCGGGGCCGUUUGUUUUCUGCUGCUGACGCAGACACACAAAUAUACAGCAGCAGCAGCGACGAUGACAGCAGCAGCAGCAGCAGCAGCAGCAGCAGCAGCAGCAAUCAGGGGGGUUGGUUGCUGCAGCAGCAGCAACGCUUUGCUGCUCCCGUGCUGCCUCUUCGUGCAGCACUAAGACAAGCCAAAAGACAGCAGCAGCAGCAGCUGCGAGUUCAGCUGUUGCUGCAGCAAUGGCUGAGCAGCACGAGUUUGCAUGCGCUGCAGCAGCAGCAGCUGCUGCUGUCGAGUGGUGGUAUUGCUGCUGCAGCAGCACGACGCAGCAGCAGCAGCAGCAGCAGCAGCAAACCUGCUGUACAUCUGCUGCUUUCAAAAUCCGAGAGAAAGGACCUGCUGCUGCUGCUGCAGCAGCAGCAGCAGCAGCAGCAACCUAUCGCUCCCCCUCCUUGCCUCCUCUCUCAUGGAUCUGCUGCAAUCAGCUGCAGCAGCUGCUUCUUCUGGUUGCUGCUGCAGCAGCAGCACAUGCAGCAGCUGCAGCAGGGGGCUUGUGCUGCUCGCAGCGGGGGCGUAGAGACACACUUCGUGCGUGCUUUGCUGCUGCAGCAGCAGCUGCUGCUGCGGCAGCAAUACCCUGAUGCUGCUCUUGAGGAGAUCAGGCCUGCUGCAGCAGUAGCAGCAGAAGCAGCAGCAGCAGGAGCUGCUGCUGCUGCUGCUGCUGCUUCUGCUGCACCAGAGUUCAACAUUAAAAAAAUACAAGACGGGAGGAGGCUGUAUAUGGGCAACGUGGAGUGUAUAUACAGCUCGCUGUGGGGCGGGGGUUACAGCAGCAGCAGCAGCGCGAGCGAGUUGCUGCUGUGGCUGCGUCAGCUGCAGCACAUGCAUCCUUUGCUGCUGCAGCAGACAACAGCAGCCCGCAGCAGGGAGAGACGGAGACAGUGGAAGCAGCAGCAGCUGCUGCUGCACGGCAGCAACAGCAGCUAUGCUGCUGUUGCUGCCUCACGAACUGCAGCAGCAGCAGAAACAGCAGCAGCAGCAGCAGCAGCAAAACCCGUAGCGCAGGAUACCUACAAUGCGACUCUCUUCGCCGACGGGGGUCUAGAGAUUCAGCAAGACUGCGACAGCAGCGCAUCGGAGACGGAAUCUCCUGCUGCUGCUGCUGCUGCUGCUGCUGCUGCUUCAGCAGCAGCAGCAGCGGCAGCAGCAGCAGCAGCUGACGGGUGCAACUGCGCACUCUGCUCAGCUUCUAGCAGCGAAGAUUCCUUCUGUGGUUUUGUUCCUGCUGGAGCAGCAGCAGCAGCAGCAACUGCAGCAGCAGCAGCAGCAGCAGCAGCAGCAGAAGGGCAGCAGCAGCAGCGGCAAACGGAGCAGCUGCAGCUGCUGGAGCAGCAGCAGCAGCAGCAACUGCAGCAGCAGCAGCAGCAGCAGCAGCAGAAGGGCAGCAGCAGCAGCGGCAAACGAGACGAACUCGAUGAAGGAGAGGAUAGUGAUGAGGCAGAGAUGGGGGGUCAGCGCAGCAGCAACCACCCCGUUGCUUCCAACGAAAGGGAGGAGAGCAGCAAGACCCAGUCUGUGUUGAUGCUGCAAGCCCAGCAGCAGCAGCACGACCAGCAGCAGCAGCAGCAGCAGCAGCAGCAGCAGCAAGAACAACCCCAGCACCAACAGCAGCAGCUAGACGCACACAGCAGCAGCAGAAGCAGCAGCAGCAGCAGCAGCAGCAGCAGCUCAGCGGCCUGUAGACCCCACGAGGGGAGGAGGCCGAACGGGGUUCUAACAACUGGGGCAACAGCAGCUGCAGCAGCAGCAGCAGCAGCAGCAGCAGCAGGAGCUGCAGCAGCUGCAGCAGCAGCUGCUGCUGCUGCUGCAACAAGAGAGAACCAGCAGCAGCAGCAGCAGCAGCAGCAACAGCAACAGCAACAGCAGCAACAGCAACAAGAGCAACAGCAGCAACGGCAGCAGCAGGGACCUCCGGACAUGCAUGCCCUCCGUGCCGUGUGGCCGCAGUUGCUGCUGCCGCUGCUGCUGCUGCUGCUGCUGUUGCUGCCGCCACCGGCAGCAGCAGCAGCAACAGCAGCACCAGCAGCAGCAGAUAUAGCAGCAGCAAGCAGCUGGUUUGGCCCUUUUAAUGUGAAGACACCGCAGGAAG